UAUGGUAGACAUGGUGGUUACUAUGGUAAUUGAAGUGGUUGCUAGGAUAGUCAUGGUGGUUGCUAUGGUUGCUACCCACUGGUCUGUAGGCUUCGGUAGAAUUUAAGACUCGCAGUACCAGAUAUAACCGCGAAAGGCAGUAGCGCUUCGUAGUAGUUCCAUUUCUGCUGGAACUCAAGAAGAAGAAGAUGUUUUGACCCCCUCCUUCUGUGUACUUGGAUGUAUAAUCAUCUUAAUUUUCACUGUCAUGGACAAAAAGAAGCAGUUCAAAGUGACAGCCUCCUCGCUGGUGGACCUGAAGGCAGAGCUUUACAGGAAACAGCAGGAGUUUCAACAGGAUAAGCUCACCCAGCAUGGAGGUACUUCUACUGCUGGGUCCACCGCCAGACCCAAACUUAAGAAACCCAGCAUCUGGAGCAAACAGAAUGAAGGUGUGACUGCACGUGCUCAGAGGGAUGUGGAAAUCAGUGCAGAGGAAGAGAAUAAUCUGGAAAAAUCAAAAAAGAAACUGGAGGAGAAAGCUCGUCUCUAUGAGCAGAUGACCAAAGGAGAUUUUCCAGAUGAGGAGACGGAGGGGCUUUUCUUGGUGGACUUCACCCAGAAGAUCAUCGACCAGAGGAGGGACGCACACGCAAACACCAGGGAUGAAGAAGAGUUGGACCAACAGAUUCCAGUUCCACCCCCGCAGAACCCUGAUGAAGAAUGGGUAGAGUAUGUCGAUGCACUGGGGAGAUCACGGAAAUGUUUGAGGAAAGACCUGCCAGAUUUCCAGAAGAUGGAUCAGGAUUUGCAGAAAAAUAGGUUGGGUAGCGGAGAUAAGACUCUGCUCUCAGAAGACAUGCGGAGAGAGAUUCAGAGAGAGGAGUGGGAAGCAGAGGAGGAGGAGAGCAUGAAGAGACCCGUGGGGCCCAUUCACUAUGAGAACAUCAGAGAACAGGAGGCCAGAGAGCUGGGUGUUGGCUACUUUGCGUUUGCAAAUGAUGAGGAACAGCGACGGAAACAGAGAGAUACACUGGACAUGCUCAGAGAUCAGACCACAGACCAGCGCAGUAAGAGGGAGCGACUGAAGGAGAAGAGGAAAGCUCUGCUGGAGGCUCGACUGGCCAAAGUGAGGAUGAGGAAGACGAAGAAAGGCAAAUUGGACGGAUCCGAGGAGGAUUCAGGUGCUGCUGUGCAAGAGGACGAGGAGAAGGAGGAAGAGGUUCCUGAGAUGCCGCCAGUGCCGAAGGUGGAUGUGGAGAUUCAGGAGAGGAAGGACACCAAACCUGGAGUUCCUCACGUCAGAGAGUGGGACAGAGGGAAAGAGUUUAUGUGGGACCAGUGGGUCAGCGGUCGCCGUGACGAGAGGGACACUGAGUUUGCUCCACCAUCUGCAUACUUCAGUGGUCAGAACCGGGCCGAGAACCAGAACAAAGCCAAACUCUCCUUCAAGUGGGCUGGGACACAAACACACUCAUCUCAGCACACACGCGCACCCACGGCCCAGCAGUCAUCGAGUCAAACAACACCACCUCCUCCUCGGUCUGAGCAGGGCCACCCCCAGAGUCUGGACGACAUGCUCUCUUUCUACAAGAACUCUUAACCUCAGUACAGCUUGUCUGCCUCCUUAGAGGGUACUCGCAGUAGGACUGUGUGUGUGACUACAGAGUUUAUAUGUGCAGUUAAUCAGACCAUCUCACGGUCCAGUGUGUGAGAGUUGAUGCCACUCUGUAGUCACAUAAGACAACGAUGAGAUGUUUGCAAUUUUACUAGGGGUGGACAAUAAAGAAAACACAUAAAAUAAUAAAUCAUAUGGCUAACAUCAAUUACAAAGCUGUGUCUCAAUGGCAGAUCAUUUUAGGACUAUGACUAGAUGUGUUUACCCUGUCGGAUUAAAGAUAACUCUAUGAAGAACAA